AUGUAUGGAACCUGUAGUGUGGAGUCAACUGAGAUUGAUUUGACCGAGUUCCAAGAAGAGAAUCAAGAAGAAGGCGAUGUUGAACCUCAGAUAGCAGAUGUUGAUGCAGAUUCCAAUAACGACCAACCAGGUUGCUAUUUUGCUCUAGAGAAGAUGUUCAAAACGGAAGACAAAAAGCUUGUGAAAGAUCAAAAUCUUCAUAAGAAUUUGAUCUCUGAUGAACGAACGAAAAGAAGUCAGCUGAAACUACAAAUGGCUUUUGAUGGGCAGGAAAGAGAUAUGAAGAGAUCUUGGGAGCCAAGUGAUAAAGCUGAUCUUCACUUUGUCUACAAAGAUGUUGAAGGAGCAUCAACUCAAUGGGAUGAUAUUCAAAGAAAACUCAGGAACUUACCUCCCAAACCCUCUGCCUUCAAACCCGAUCCCUUCACUCCUGUAGAAGAUGAAGAUUCCAAACCUAAAACCAAAUCUCGGAUUGAUAACAAGACAGAAGAACUCAAAGAUUUAGAAGAUGAUCUUAAUGAUAGUUGUUUCCUCGAAGAAUAUAGGAGAAAGAGGUUAGCAGAGAUGAAGGAAACAGUGGAAGAUUGA